UUGAUCUCGUUGUUUACUCAAUCAUCAACAUCCUCACGACGACCGCUUUUUUGGUCACAAAACAGAUGGAGUCCGAUGAUGAAGAUCUCAAGCUGGCGAUGGCAAUGUCACUACAAGAGGUCUCGCCUCGGGCCACUCGCGACGCCACAGCAAUCGCUAAGAACGAACCUAUCGACCUCAUAUCUGACAGCGAUGACAAUGAGGAUGAGGAUCUCCGGCGUGCGAUUGCCCUGUCACUCCAGGAAAGCGGCAAUAAUGACGUUCAACAGUCCUCAGCGACAACUGUUCCAAAGGCAGCCGUUCUAAACAACACUUCGGAUCUCAUGGGCAUGGAUCGAAAGGCCAUGGAACAGGAGCGCUUGGCAAGACUUGGUAAACGAAAGCGCGACGUAUCGCCCGAAAGACCUUCCAAGCAGGUUGCGAGACCACCUGCAGUCAAGACGGCCUUCAAUGAAACACCACUGCAAUAUCCUAGAGGGACGAUCAAGCGCACAUUCGCGUCGAAAUAUCCACGGACCGACGACAUCACCAUCGACGAAUUACUUGAGGCGUCAACGGUCAACAUCGCAGUCAUCAGCUCAUUUCAAUAUGACUCGGGAUGGCUGUACGAGAAGCUUGACCCAUUGAAGGUGAAACAAAUAUGGUUGAUGAAUGGUAAAUACAGAGGCGAAGACGUACAGGCAAAGCGCAUUCAGGAAUGGAAGGAAUCUGGUGUGCCAAACAUGAAGCUGCAUUUCCCACCGAUGGGUGGCAUGAUUGCUAGCAUGCAUAGCAAGUUCAUGCUAUUGUUUGGGAAACACAAGUUACGCAUUGCUAUACCAACCGCGAACAUGACCCAGACCGACUGGGGCGAAGUUUCGAACGACUGGCAACCCGGUAUCAUGGAGAACUCAGUAUUCUUGAUUGACCUUCCGCGGAGACCCGACGAUACUGCUAGCAAGAAGGGAGACUUGUCGGCUUUUGGUCGCGAACUGCUAUAUUUCUUAGAGAAACAGGAGGUUGGGCCACAAGUGGUUGACGGAUUGCUAAAGUUUGAUUUUGCGCAGACUAGCCAUCUGGCCUUCGUUCACUCCAUUGGUGGUUCACAUAAGAUCGAAACAGAUCAUCCAACAGGUCUCCCUGGCCUUGCACAGGCUAUACGGGAGCUGCAUUUAGACGAUGUCGAACACAUUGAGCUGGACUGCGCAGCUUCCUCCCUCGGUGCCAUCAACGAUAACUUCCUGUCACGCAUCCACCUUGCUGCAUGUGGCGAAUCGUUUACGAAAGACAAUGCGCUCGUUGCCGAUGUGCGCAAUAGCAUUAGAAUAUACUUUCCUACCCACGACACGGUCGAGAAAAGUAUGGGAGGUCCGGGAUGUGCAGGUAUCAUCACGUUGAGUCCUCAAUGUUACAAUGCACCAACAUUCCCAAAAGAGUGCAUGCGUGACUACGACUCUAUGCGACGGGGUAUACUAUCGCACAAUAAACUGCUGUUUGCGCGUGGUCGCAAGAAGGACGGGAAGCCUUUCGCGUGGGUUUACGUUGGGUCUGCCAACAUUUCUGAAUCAGCGUGGGGAGGGCAGAAAGUACUGAAAAGCGGACGAAUAGGGAGUCUGAACAUCAGGAACUGGGAGUGUGGUGUCGUCAUGCCUGUACCAGACGCCAAGCUCCAGAGUCUCGAACAGGGCGGACUGCCAUCCAUGGAUGUGUUUGCAGGCACGGUCGAAGUUCCUUUCAGACUUCCCGCGGACAAGUACGACGGUAAACGACCCUGGUUCUUCAGUCCGUGAUAAGCGGCACUCAGAUCGCCAUGAUGCUGGUCGCUGGCGGUGACUCCAAAGACGUCCAACUUUCCGGCGGAACCGCUGGACAAAAGGGCGCGUGACAAAAGGGCGCUGGACAUGCGGUUUUGGUUCCGUAGUGAACGAGCAAACGAGCGGAGACAACUCCGCACACAGUAUGCUUUUGUAGCCUUUGCGCUGGUGCAUAGGUGCCCACGCACAUCGUAGCGGGAAAGAAGUGAGCAGGACCCAAAAUAAGCGUCCAAGUCUGUAGGGUUUUGCGAGAUGUCUGAAUCUGGCCGUAUACGCCGUAUAGAAGUAAAU